AAAUGUCCUUGAAACUGGCCAAGCAACUAUCUAAAAGUUCAGUUAUUUCCCUCUCAAGGCAUUUCACAAAUGGGCCUCGUCUACCAACAAAAUUAUUGCACGCAAAACCUGGAUUCGUGCCAAAAUAUGUAUCGGCAGAUGAAGCCUUGGCGAUGGUGAAUUCAGAUUCUGAUAUCUACGUUGGAAACCAUGCGUCUGCUCCCAAUGUUCUUCUCGAAGCACUUUGUCGUCGUGUUGAUUCGGCAAAUCUCAACAAUAUCCGAAUGUCUCAUCUAAUUUUAAGCGGAAAUUGCCCACAAUUCGACCCUAAAUAUCACGGAAAAAUUCAAAACAACAGCCUGUUCAUUUGCCCGGGAAAUCGUAAAAAUGUUAAUUUGGGCGCCGCUGACUACACUCCGAUUUUCCUCUCUGAAGUUCCCUCUUUAUACACAAGUGGAACAUUGAAUGUUGAUUUUGCACUGAUUACUGUCUCUCCACCUGAUGAGCUCGGAUUCUGUACACUUGGAGUCGACAUUGACACAACACUGGCUGCAGCGACUAGUGCCAAAAAAAUUAUUGCCCUUGUCAACAGCACAAUGCCCCGUACCCGAGGCCACACUACUGUCCAUUCUUCUCAUUUCGCUGCAAUGGUUCAAACGGAUCGACCAAUCGCUUUCCGUCAGUCUGGUGGAGAAGAAAUGUCUGAAACCGAACAAAGAAUCGGAAAAAUAAUUGCCGAGAACCUUGUCGACAACGGAGCCACCCUUCAACUCGGCAUCGGAGCAAUUCCAGACUCGGCGUUGGCAGCGAUGAAGCAGCACAAAGAUCUUGGAGUUCACACGGAAAUGUUUAGUGAUGGAGUUAUUGAUUUGAUUGAUCGUGGAAUUAUUAAUAAUCAAAAGAAGGCUUUUAUGCCAGGAAAAACUGUUUCCUCGUUUGCUUUUGGAACAAAGGAAUUUUAUAAGAAAAUCGAUAAUAAUCCAGAGUUUUAUUUUGCCCCAUGCGACUUCACCAAUCAUAUCGACAUCGUCCGCCGUAACAGUAAAAUGACAUCAAUCAACUCAGCGAUUGAAAUCGAUUUGACGGGACAAAUCGUAUCGGAUUCGAUUGGACGCAAUUUUUUCAGUGGAUUCGGUGGACAAGUCGACUUUAUGGCUGCCAGUCCACACGGAUUUGAUGGACUUGGAAAGGCGAUUAUUGCAUUACCAUCGAGAACCACUAAGGGACAAACGAAAAUUGUUCCAUUCUUGACACAGGGUUCUGGAGUGGUCACGACACGUGCACAUGCCAGAUACAUCGUUACCGAGCAUGGCAUCGCCAAUCUAUGGGGAAAAUCAAUUCGUCAAAGAGCCUAUGAGUUGAUUCAAAUCUCUCAUCCGGAUGAUCGUGAAGCUCUCGAAAAGGCUGCAUUUGAUCGAUUCAAAGUGAUGCCAUCUGCGUGAGAAGCGAAUCAAUUGCAGCUCCCUCAACUACUGGGUAUAAUGGUUACCGAGUGCCCGAUUAAAUCUAGUUUUCAUUUCUUUGUAUUAUACGGUUCGACUUCUGAUGUGUUUUCUUAUUGCACAUAGGUUAAAUUAUAAAAAUGUUAUUUUUG